AUGAAUACAGGUCCCGCCCGCCCGACUGAAAAAAAAACCAACCGUCCAGACGUGGCCGCCCCGCCCGCCCGCGAUCAACGCGGCAACCGCGCAGUCAACGCGGCUGCCGCGCAUCGUCUUCCGCGCGUUACCCCCGUCCCUAUCCACCCUCCCCCAGACCGCGCCUGCCGCACGCCGCCGUCUGCCAGCUCCCCGCCUGCCGCACGCCACCGCCUGCCGGCUCCUCGCCUGCCGCGCCUCUCACCUACCGGCAACCGCGCAGUCAACGCGGCUGCCGCGCAUCGUCUUCCACACGCGGCGCCCCCGUCCCUAUCCACCCUCCUCCAGACGCGCCUGCCGCACGCCGCCGCCUGCCGGCUCCUCGCCUGCCGCACGCCACCGCCUGCCGGCUCCUCGCCUGCCGCACGCCACCGCCUGCCGGCUCCUUGCCUGCCGCGCCUCUCACCUACCGUCGUUAAUGCCCCUCCCCGCACCCGCUCCGCGCCCGCCGGCUAUAAAAUCUACUCCCGUCGCGCCCGCCCUGCCCACACCGCCCGUCGUCCACACCGCCCGUCCAUCUCACCCCUCUCUCGCCCCCCACCGCUGCGUCAUCUCCACCGGCCUGCAAAAAUGGCGUCGAGCGACUCGGACAGCGACGGCGUGGCAUCGGGCGGCGUCUGGCCUUCGAGCCUGACACAAGGGCAGACGGAAGAUCUCUUCCGGUUCGGCCUGUUCGUGCCGGCGGCGGCGAAGGUGCCGCGGCCGUGGAGGAUCUCCGCCGACGGCUACCCCACGCAGGGCCCGCCGGCGACGAACGCCGAGCUGAGCGCGCACCCCGGUGGGCGGUUCAACCGAACCGCCGCCGAUUUUGGAGGGGCAAGCGGUUCAACGACGUGA